AUGGGGCCGCGGGCGCUGCCCGCGCUGCUCUGCGCCCUGGCGGCCCUCGGCUUCCCGCGCCCGCCGCCCGCCGCCGGGGACCGCGUCGCCUUCCCAUAUAACAGCAGCAUACCACGGGUCAGAAGUUUUCUAUUCUCUUUUGUAAAUCAUGAGGAUGACCCUAUACCUAUUGAAGGUGAUACUAAAAAUGACUCGGAAGUUGGAUCAGGAGGCACCAAUUGGACUGGAUCGUUCCGACAUGGACAACGAACAGUGUCAGUGCAAACAGCAAGAUACCUCACUAGUCCAUGGCUGACACGUUUCGUUCCUUCAGUUUACACCUUAGUGCUUGUGCUGAGUCUCCCUCUGAACAUUACAGCGAUACUUGUGUUUCUGAAAAAAAUGAAAAUUGAAAAGCCAGCUGUAGUAUACAUGCUGAAUUUGGCCCUUGCGGAUGUCUUGUUUGUAAGCGUGCUUCCUUUUAAGAUUGCUUAUCACUUUUCUGGAAAUGACUGGCGUUUUGGACCUCAAAUGUGCCGUUUCAUCACUGCUGCCUUCUACUGUAACAUGUACUGUUCAAUAAUGCUUAUGACGAGUAUAAGCUUUGAUCGCUUCUUAGCAGUGGUGUAUCCCAUGCAGUCCCUUGGGUGGCGUACAUUAACACGUGCCUCGCUGAUCUGUUUCAUCAUAUGGCUUGUAGCAAUAACUGGGGUUAUACCUUUUCUCGUCAGAGAACAAACGAUGGAAAUACCCAAGUUAAAUAUAACUACUUGUCAUGAUGUGCUAAGCGAAUCUGAACUUCACGGCUAUUACCUCCACUUCUUCUCCAUCUUCUCUUCUGUGUUUUUUGUAGUGCCGUUUAUAAUUUCUACUGUCUGUUACAUGUGUAUCAUUCGAUGUCUUAGUUCUUCUACUAUUGUUGCAAAACAAAAUAAGAAGACACGUGCCUUGCUCUUGUGUGUGGCUGUUUUUUCUGUUUUUGUUAUUUGCUUUGGACCAACAAAUGUCCUCCUAUUAAUUCAUUAUAUCCAUUUUUUUUAUGACAACAGCUUAGAGUAUCUCUACUUUGCCUAUCUACUCUGUGUUUGUAUCAGCAGCGUUAGCUGUUGCAUUGAUCCCUUUAUUUACUACUAUGCUUCUUCUCAGUAUCAGAGACAACUUUUCAGUCUCUUCCAUUGUAAAGAGGCUUUCAGUCCUAACAGCAGUAACAGCAGUGGCCAGUCAGUGUCUACUACUAGUAGAAGGGCUACGUGCUCUACUAAUGUGAAUAGCAGUGUCUACAGGAAAUUACUAGUAAUGCAUUGAGAUAAUGUGUCUUACCCAUGCUUAAUUUUUAGACAAUUUCAGACAAAAAAAAAAGACUGUAUUAUAGCCAAGAAAUGGAAAACCUUAAACCGAGUUGUUCUACAAUACAUAGUGCUAUGGAGUCAUUAUAGUAAUGCACAAUUCAAAUUAUAACUCUGUAUGUGUAUAUAUAUAGUAUGUGUAAAUAGGUUAAUGUAGAGGGGAAAAGUAAUUUCUCAAUAGUUUCUGAGUGUUUUUCAAAUAAACUUUUUUUCAGACAAAUCCUUUGCAUUGUUAGUUCAGCUUAUUGCAGGGGUUUUAUGACACCCCAUUUUAGGAUUUUGAACUGUAUCAGGUUGA